AAAGGAAGCCGAGGAGGGCCGGGAACCCGGAAGUACUUCUCGGCAGAGGCCUGGGCGACUCUUUUGAAUGGAAUCGGGCUGAUUCAUCGCCGGUUCCCGGAGCCAGGUCCUUGUUGAGUGUGAGGCGCUGCUCUCGCCGCCGCGUUGCCACAAGGCCAGGAGACAAAGGAGGGAAAAAAAAGACCACUUGUGAAAAAUACCUGUCAGAAUUAGCAAGAAUUGGAGUUAAUAAGAAAUUUGUCAAAUUUAACAAAUUGAAUCCCAACACUGUAAGAGUUACAGUUGCUGACCAGAUGAAUUUAUCUGUUGUGAAUCUCACAGACGUGUUGUGUGAAAGAAAAAGUCAGACAAAAAAAAAAAUCUGUGGUUCUGUUUUUAUACAAUUGGAAAGUAGCAGAACUAUUCUGUACCGUGACAAGCCAGAAUCCCACCUGUCUGAAAUGAAAUAUGGACAGACUUCUUAGACUUGGAGGAGGUAUGCCUGGACUGGGCCAGGGUCCACCUACAGAUGCUCCUGCCGUGGACACAGCAGAACAAGUCUAUAUCUCUUCCUUGGCAUUGCUGAAGAUGUUAAAGCAUGGCCGUGCUGGAGUUCCUAUGGAAGUUAUGGGUCUCAUGCUUGGCGAAUUUGUUGAUGAUUACACCGUCAGAGUGAUUGAUGUGUUUGCUAUGCCACAGUCAGGAACUGGUGUCAGUGUAGAAGCAGUUGAUCCAGUAUUCCAAGCCAAAAUGUUGGAUAUGCUGAAACAAACAGGAAGGCCUGAGAUGGUUGUUGGUUGGUAUCACAGUCACCCUGGCUUUGGCUGUUGGCUGUCUGGUGUGGAUAUCAACACUCAGCAGAGCUUUGAAGCCUUGUCGGAGAGAGCUGUGGCAGUGGUUGUGGAUCCCAUUCAGAGUGUAAAGGGAAAGGUUGUUAUUGAUGCCUUCAGACUGAUCAAUGCUAAUAUGAUGGUCUUAGGACAUGAACCAAGACAAACGACUUCAAAUCUGGGUCACUUAAACAAGCCAUCUAUCCAGGCAUUAAUUCAUGGAUUAAACAGACAUUAUUACUCCAUCACUAUUAAUUAUCGAAAAAAUGAACUGGAACAGAAGAUGCUGUUAAAUUUGCAUAAGAAGAGUUGGAUGGAAGGAUUGACACUUCAAGACUACAGUGAACAUUGUAAACACAAUGAAUCAGUGGUAAAAGAGAUGUUGGAAUUAGCCAAGAAUUAUAAUAAGGCUGUGGAAGAAGAAGAUAAGAUGACACCUGAACAGCUGGCAAUAAAGAAUGUUGGCAAGCAGGAUCCCAAACGUCAUUUGGAAGAACAUGUGGAUGUGCUUAUGACUUCAAAUAUUGUCCAGUGUUUGGCAGCAAUGUUGGAUACUGUUGUGUUUAAAUAAAGCAACGUAGAGAGCUGUCAGUGACACUCUCAAUAUAUUUUCCUUCAUUGUUCUAGUGCUCACAGUCACGGGCGCUCUGCAGGUGAUGUGGUGGCCUGCCAGUCACCUGAGCCACCUUCCAUCUCAGUUCUGCGGCGGCUUCUGCUUAGUUAGUCAGGGCUCUGCAGACUCCAAAGUUGUCAGGAAUACAUCAAAGUGGACACAUUUUGUUAAGAUCCCAUUUACUAUUUGAAAAAAUCAGUAGCACAAAUAUAUUUUGAUUGUUGCUUACAAAAUAAACUACAUUUACAAUCCA